AUGGCGACUUACUACGCCCCCCGACAAGUGAGCUGCCCCAGCGAGAGCCUCAUCCGGCAGGCUGGUACACCGCAGGCAAAGAAUCAGACCUUGCAUCCGAACGAGCAAAAGUAUGUUCGGGCUCGCAAGCAGAUUGCCAAGCAGAGCAUGCAGAGCUGGCUGGGUUCCAACAUGACCAAGGUGUACAGCGGCGACUUCUCCAAGCUCUCGGUGGAUGACGCGCCAAAUAUCGCCAUCUCUGUGUCUGGUGGUAACUUCCGCGCAGCGCUUUUCGGUGCGGCAUCGUUGGAGGCGUUCGAUGCUCGGGUGCGUAGCAGCGUAGAUGCAGGCCUCGGCGGGCUUCUCCAGUCUUCUGCGUACAUCACAGCGUUGUCAGGAGGGUCGUAUUUAUCCACAAGUCUUAUGUUUAACGAGUUCCCCAUGCUCUCCGACCUUGUCUUUGGCAAUGAUACAUUGGGCAUCCCUGGUUGGCAGCUGGAUGUGAACCUCUUCCAGCCAGGGCCAUCCGGUGAAUAUACUACCACGUUCUUCACGCACCUUUACGACGACCUGGGUGCAAAGCAAUCCCAGGGGUUUCCGGUGACGUUCUGUGACUUCUGGGGACGCGCACUCUCUUAUCACUUCCUUCCGGGGACGAACGGAACCGAAUCGUUUGCAUCCAACACGACUGCAGGAAACCAUGCAGCGAGUUUGUCCUAUUCCUCUGCAACACAGCUGCAAACAUGGAAAGACCAGACCAUGCCGUUUCCCAUCGUGCUCAUAGACGUCAAUUCGCCUCAAGCACAGGGUAAUGCGUUUGGCGAUACAGGCGUCCUGCCACUCACCAGCGUUGUAUACGAGCUGACGCCAUUCGAAUUUGGAUCUUACGAUCCUCAGCUCGCCGCAUUCGUCGAGCUACCUUACCUUGGCUCGACGUUCCAUGGCGGCGCGCCGUCGUCUUGCGUGAACAGCUUCGACAACGCGGGGCUCAUGAUCGGCACGUCGUCGUGCGACUUCCACCAGUAUAACGUCACGGACAAUGUCUACUGGAAGGCCGAGUUCGAGCCCUUGAUCGCGAACCUGACGAAGGUGUUCGGUCAGCACCAGCCUGGGCAAGAAAUGGACGUGACGAGCGUUGCGAACCCGUUCUAUGGGAUGCACGCGGGCACGUACCAGGAUGCACAGGAGACGAACCUUAGCCUGCUGGACGGCUCGCUGGAUGUGGAGAAUGACCCCGUGCUGCCAUUGCUGGUCAAGGCAAGAAGACUGGACGUCGUGAUUGUCCUAGACUCGUCUGGAGAAACCAACGAUACGAAGCCUUCUGGACUAUCGCUGCUCGCGACAAAAGAAAAGGCUGUUGACCUUCCCUCUGGAACAAUCAACUUCCCUACGCCAUUCCCUAACUCGACGGACGAGUUUAUCUCCAAGGGGCUGAACGUACGCCCAGUAUUCUUCGGUUGCGACGGGCCGACCAACCAGGAAGAGGCGUUCCCGUAA